AAGAGUUGAUGCCGCUAGCAGCUCAGCUUAGGCCGUACCUACAUGGGCUCCAGAUCCUCCCUGUCUUCCUGCAGAUUCUGAUUCCAGCUUGCCUUGAAUCCCAAACAUAACGACUACUUGAUUCGCGCCGGGCGAUUCCAGUUCCAGAGUGAUUUAGCCCGCGCCUGGGACAAGUGGUUUAGUGGACUCUUGAGAAGUAGCUUUUCGGAUCUCUGGGUACGUGUUCCACCUUUGUUUGGGCGUUGCAGAAAGAUAACCUGCUGCCAGAAGAAAUAAUGCAGAAUUGAGUGAAUAAUGCCUUUAAACCGGUACCGGUAAAGUACUCUCGCGCUUAUCUAUUUAUAGGCCCAACCUAUGAAACAAGGUUCUCUACCUGUGUAGAUACGGCAAACAAACUCUACCAAUACCAAUCCACCGGAAGAAGCCUGAACAAUCACCCAGCAAGAGCUUUAUAGGAUGUUUCCUUUCUUAGUCUUAGUCGAGGUUCUUACAACGUGGCUUGAUGCAGUGUAGAUGUUUUGGUAGUCCAGUUCAGAGAUAUGACAGGAAAAACUCCACACUAGAGACAAGAACAUAGAAGAGAAUAAAGGCAAGGGUGUGCUUCUUCUUUCUGGAGAGACUGACAAUAAGAGUAGAUUAGAUCGUGUGCUUCUCGGUGCGCCGACUACUUCACUGUUACCUACCUAUCAUUCACUAGACCGAGUAUGAGUACGGACUGACAUUCACUAGACCAAGUCAGAGUAGGGGGUUCCAUUCUUCACUACACCCAAUCUGUACCGACUCCCAUUAAUUACAGGUUACGAGUGUGGAAAGACUUCUUACUUUAUUCCAUUCACUACUGGUUAAGUAAGCAUGAACGUAGAUAAGAGAGGAGUCAAUGGAACUCUUGGCUUGUGAACAAGUGACUUCUUUCUUUUCAUAGACUACACUACAGACUAUCAAGCACUAGAAAACAACAGGCCCAGUUACGUACGAGUCAGGCAAUUGUCUACCCUCACGAAGCAAUGAGAAAAGGUAGGUGCUGAUGUGCUAGUAUAGAACAUAAGUAAGAAAGCAUCUAUUUCCCUAUAAUCACCGACGUUGGUAUUUGCCUACACCCCAUUCUAUGAAAAACUCCGCAACUCCAAAUAUUCGAUAUAAUAGGAAGGCCAUUCACUUUAAGAGGAAAUGGAGCUGCAUAGCGUUGCCUUCAGACUGGUAUUAGCAAAUGCUUUGUUGAUCUGAACCGAACAAAGACACAUCUUUGGUGCAGUUUUCCUAAAGGCGGCUCACAGGGAAGAGAUCCGUUUUGUCAAUCAGCAAAACCAGUUUUCGUAGUGAUGAAAGAAAUUUCCCUCGAUCAUGUGUUCUCGGCCCUGUGACUGGUAAGUCAGUUCAGGCAAGAGAUGAUGGCGGGUCGAUCACGAUUUAGUCUUAUUGAUAAUUGAGUAUACGUCCGCCUAAGGUAAGGUCUGGUUAGAAAUCCUUAGGAACAAGAAAGGGCACACAAUCAAAGCCAGAGGUCUUCGAACCUUGGUAUUUCGAAUCAGAUUGAUAGCUUUUUGAAUGGCAGCGGUUCCGGGACUCUAGUCUUUCGUUUACAGGUUCUACAUUAGGUUCACGAAACCUAUCUACACAGCAAGCUUCUUCAACAGGUCAUUGGACAUCACCCUCACUUCUUCUAGCAGGAAAGCGCGUUAAGAGGUAAGAUCGUACCUCAAGUCAAAGGGCCUCGUUAUAGUUGGAGGCAACACACGCUGAACAAACCUCAACUUGCCUAUUUUGUGUAACUGGUUGAAACUACGAAUUUCCAGUUCAUCUUACGAUGGUAUACGGUGACGGGCCAACCUUCUAUACUAGUGCAUUCAUAGGAGGACGAAGCAGGAAUUAGGAAGCCCUACACUUCAACCGGAGCGAACUUCACACUCGAACUUAGAUAUAGCAAAUAGAUCAAAUAGGCUCAGAGAGAUACGGGGCAUAAUCAAAGAAAAAGAACCGUUGGAGUGGCAAUACAGCUAGAUAGAUAGAUAGAAAGUCUGAUUCUAAACUCAGUCUGAUCUGUCACACCCAGCCAUAAACAACCAUUCCAGAUUCCCAAGAUGAAGUGGAAAGAAAGAGGAUGCAUUCAGGAUCUCAUACUUCGAGAGCUCAACAGCUGUUAGGAACGUCGAGUCCCGCUAAGAACUGCUAACGUCGAGGGCUUUGAUUCUUUUAUUUCCUACCCAACAUAGGCAACACUAGACUGAUCAGACUCAAAAGACUACGCCUUGUCUUUUUGUCCUAAACUCAGCCGACUCUCCAUAUUCAACUGUUUAUGCCCCCCAUAGUAAAAACCACUCACACCAGUUUUGCCUAGUAGAGUGUACGAUCAAAGUGAACUUUUUAUGCCAGCCAUAGUCAAAAGUCCUACUUUCCUUCGCACAUCCGUUUGAUUGCUUAAUCUGUUUUGUUACCCUUGCUAUCCUUGCCUCCUAUGGAUAAAAGGAAGAAGAAACCUAGUUGAAGUAAGGAAAACAGGUUCAUAAGGUUUUCGAGUCGAAUCUUUGAUAUGGAAAAGUCGUAUCACCGCUCCGCAACCUGAACCACGGCACUUCCAAUCCUCUUUAUAUCACGAUUCAUUAUGCAAAUAAAGCUUUUCCUUGCCACUUGGAUUCUGGCACUUUGAAAGAAAUACGAACACUUCCACUACUGCUCUGGAAAGAAGAAAUCCGUCUUGUUGCGAGGAAUUCUUUGCAAUGGGGAAGGCUAACACUUCUUGCUUACUCACUCACGUUAUUCACUCAGAAAAAGUAAAGUAGUAGCACCACAAAUAAACUCAUCUAUCCCAGGUAGCCCCUAAACCUGAUAUGAUACGAUGGGGAACUGGGAAAUUACAGAGAGUGGUGGGUCCCGCCGCGCAACGGAUGAAUCAAAGCGAGAUCAGAUUCCUCUUGAUGAGGGCCGAUGUGACUUCCUUAAAUUCUUUCCUGAGCUCAACAAAAAAUGGAGGGGUUGGGGCUUUGGCUCCAGGCCCAAACUCUAUCUUGUGGUAGACUGCCCUCCUAGGGAGCGCUUGGGCAACUAACUUGUGGGGCAUGACAUUCGGAAUUUCCCGAGAAAAAAAGUCUUAUGUGUAUUGGAUCCGUCUGCUGGUUUCAGGGAUGGGAGUCCACCACUCUUGUCCAGUAAUGGUAGGGAUUCGCAGAAGAACCUCUGGAUCGAAGCAAUGCGGGCCUGUCUGUCUGUAUGUAAUCUACUUCUGAAUGAGGGAAUCCACUUUUGCUACUAGGGAAUCAGACUAAUAGCCUGCGCCUGUUGGCAGUAGUACUUGAACUAUACUUGACUCGGCAAAUAAUAUUGCUAUAUCGAGGGACUCAAUCCAGAGGACAUUUCCAAUAAGCUACUCUGGACUGGCAGCUUUCAGAGAUUGAUCUACGUAUUCCUAUUCGACUUGUGGUUCCCGAAUCAAUAGCGGACUUCCGUCAAUCCAUCAAGCAAACAACGUUCACUGAUACGAGACGGCACCAUUUACUAGAUUUGCACCACGCCCUAUUCAUGAUCUCUUCCCUGGUCAGUAGUAGGGUUGCCGGUGCCCAGGAAUAAUGCUUGUUAUUAUUAAGCCGAAAAGUAACGUAUUAAAAACAAAGUGAACAAAGUGUACCGUGCCAACGGAGACUGACCGAACUUCUACGCUAUGCCCCGACCCUGCUGAUAGAUAAACUAUUCAUCUGGUUGAGCCAGGCUGGCCCUAUUUAUUCCAAUGGAGACUAGACUAGCGUUAGCUGAAAGAUAGGAUUUCAAAGAUAGGUGUUCCCCAUGAUAGCAGUACCUUUCUCCCUUUCGUGGUGGAAUGGACCGCGAGUAAACUGAGCCUUCCGUACACAGUGAGACGGCCUUUUCGAGACAAGUCAGAAAGCUCUUAAGUCCAGUAAGCUAAGCAAAGCUUUCCGUUGGACUAGCAAUAUCGGAUGAAGGAAGCAGCGGUGAACGGAGUCAAGCUAUUGGCUGGUUCUAGCCCACACGAGAUGUAGGUCCUGAUUCCCUGAACCGGAAGAUAAUGAGCAUCGCGGUAAGAGAGAGUCUACUCGACUUGAGAAUCGUUGAUAGACAAAUCAUGCCCGGCAAAGGAAUAGGACUAGUGGAAGUACCCGAUCUCAUAGUGGACUCGCAAUCACCUCCUAAUGGUAUUAUCACCAGGGCUGCACUGCAAGAGAAUUCAUUCCAUUGAGCUGAUGGGAGGAACUCCUGUUGGUUGUUUCGAAGUCAAGGAUGCGGCCAGGGUUGUUAGAAAAUAAAUAGGCAAAGAAGUAGAGCCGUCUUUUGCAUGGAAUAGGCGAAAACCCUUGUUCCUUCUUCUAGCUCGGGAAGCAGUUUAUUAGCGAGGAAAGACAAGCCUUCUGCUUCUGUUGAUGCUGAGGAUGUAGCCUAGCCGUUGUUGCAGGAUUGGCAGGGAUAGAGGAAACUGGGAAUAGCGAUUCUUCCUCCAGAUAGGAUUUCAUGAUUGAAAGCUGUAGCUCAUGAUUGAUUUGAAAUACGCAUCCCUCCCGUAUUGGUGGAAGUAGAUCUUAUAUCCCACCAAAGCAUCGGCUAGUUGCAAGAGAUAUUGUUCGUAAUGCGCCGCUUGAAUGUUCUUCUCCCAUAUGUUGAUCAAGUCUUGAACAGAGAAAUAAUCCAUAAUCUUUUUGUUCUUCAACCAGAGCCUUCUGAGUCUAUCUUCCCCUUCCUUCCUAUUAAUAGAAGACAGAAUGCUAGGCAUGACCAGUCCUAUAUUCACUAAAUCAUCCCAAUGAUCCCUAAGAAUACUGAAAAACUUAGCAUUUAUUUUAUUUUGUACGCUCUGCAGCUUGUUCAGACUAGAGAGUACUACUUCAGUCUCACUAUCAUUUACCAUGUAGAUAUGAAAAUUACCCUCGUCCUUUUUACUCGAUAGCAGUGUGGUCUUCCUAGAAACCGCUCCCUCAGAAUUUAAGUAACCGCCUGAUAGAUCACGUGCUUUGUGUGUGAGACGAUUCAUGUCAGAGGCCUUCACCCAUUUUGAUGCU